AUGGAGCAAAUAUUCAACCCACUAUGGCUAAGUAGCUUUGAAGAAGAUAUAGAUUCAUAUAUUUUCAUUUCUUCUAGGGAUAAUAAAUUAUAUUUAGGAAUACUAAGAACAUACGACCAACAUGGAAAUAUAUUUUUAACACACUGCGUUGAAAAAAUUAUAAUACCUGAACAGAAUUACUUCUCCGAUGUUUAUGUUGGAAAUUUAAUAAUUCGAGGAGAUAAUAUUGCAUAUUUUGGAUCAAUUGAUGAAAGUAAAUAUGAGAAAAUGUUUAAUUACUCUCAAAAAGAUAUAAAUGAAAAUUUUCAAGGGGAAAAUUUAUAUGAACAAAAUAAAAAGGAAGAUAUAAUUCUUAAUUAUAAGCCCAUAAGCCAAAUUUUAAAAUAUAUUGAUAAGGCAAACAAUGAUAGUACUAUUUUUGAAAAUUAG